UCAAAUUUCGAAGACACCGUACUACGACUGCGAUGGAAACGGAGAUUACCGAGGAAUGUCUCACCAAUAUGAUUCGAGAUUCCAACACAAAUGAAGAGGAAUUUCAGAACUUUAUGCAUCGUGUGAAUCAAGUUCAAAAAGUAGUAAAAAAACUGGCAUCAGAUGAUCCAAAUGAACAGAAAAUGGGCACGAUGCUCGCUGACGAAAUUUUGGGCCCAAAGACGGAGAUGGAAGUUUCGGAGCUUGGUGAAUUAAAGGUCACGAGCAGUCGGACUGUGAUUAACAAGCUUCCACCCAUUGAGAAAGAAUCCGACCCUAAUAAGAUGUCGCAAGAGGCUUUUAUGAUGAGCGUUUCAAGCGAUGCGAAAAAGAGGGCUGCAGAUAGGAAAGUGAGAAACGAACGCGCAGACACCUUUAAGAGGAUUGCUAACAAGGCGUUCAAAGAGGGCAACUAUGAAAAGGCUGUUACUUACUAUACGAAGGCAACGCAACAGAGAAAAGAUUCUGCAAUGCUUUGGAAUGAUCGAGCUCUCUCAUACAUGAAAUUGGGCCUCUACGAAAAAGCAUUACAUGACUGUGAUUGGGCUCUCAAGGCGAGUGAAAACAAUAUCAAAGCACUACUGAACGGAGCGAAGUGCUACAAAAAAUUGCGGCAAUAUAAAAAAGCCACCGAAUUCAUCGAAAGAGCGAAAGAAUCGAAUUCCGAGCUGAUUGACUUCAUUAAUGAAUUCGUGGAAAACAUGGAUAAUGAAGUUGAGGAUACAAUGAGGCAAGAGCUGGGCGACGAACCCGAGCCGUGAUCACUCAUAGAAUUUUGGAUGUGUGAGCAAUGGUAGUGCAAUAGGAUCAAGUUCAUAGGAAUGAGAAAAAUGGAGAAUGAAAUACAAUUAAUUUUAAAAACAAAUUUCAUUUCAUAUAAUUAUC